CCUUGGGCUCCGGGGCGGGGCCGCAGCUUCGCGCUGGAACCGGGAAUCACCCGGGAGCGCCUCCGACAGCGCCCGCGGGCGGAUGUCGUUCCCAGUAGCGGAGGCUGGGCUGUGGGUGUCGCGGCUGAGGGGGACAGGAGGCGGCAGCGAGCAGCGUAGAAGGACAGGGCGCGGGCAGCCCGCGGGUUGAGGGGCGUCCACAGCGCUGCGGGGGCUUGGGGAAGAGAGGGAGCAGGCGGGGGCUUCAGUGAGGCGAGGGCUACCGGAUGUUUGACAGCACGCCAGUGGGAAGCUUCCCUGCCCUGAGCAAUCGGGAUGCGGAGCAGAAAACGCUGGGUCCGGCGGGAACCGCACGGUGCUGGGUCCCGUUCGGGGAUGAGAGCGGCGGGGCCGAGGAGCCUCACAUUACCUGAGAGAAGGAAUUGCAGUAGCACGGAAGGAAAUUCUUCCUAAUGGACAGCUGAGCACACCAGGCCUCCUGAGAUUCUGCAAGCUUGAGGCGGGCUGGGCUGGCAUCAUGUUCUGCAAGGCCGUGCUGGUGGAGUCGCUGCUGGUGCUCGGCGCGGUGCUGUCGGUGCACGCCGUGGUGUGGGACCGCUUCUCGUGGUGCGCCCUGGCCUUGGCCCUGCAGGCCUUCUACGUGCAGUUCAAAUGGGACCGGCUGCUGCGGCAGGGCGGGGCCGUGUUCCAGUUCCGGGGGGCGGCCAACAGCGGGCUGCUGCCCGCCAGCAUGGUCAUGCCCCUGCUGGGGGUGGUGAUGAAGGAGAGGUGCAGGGCCGCCGGCAUCGUGUACUUCGAGCGCUUCGGCGUCGUGGUGGCGUCCACGGGAAUGCUGCUGGCGCUCUUCCUGUCCGUCCUGGCGGUUGGCAUCACCAAACCCGUGCCGACCAACACUUGCAUCCUGACUGGUGUUGCUGGCAGCGUAAUUAUCUACACCAUGAAGCAUUCCUUGACUGUCUCGGAAGUGAUAGAGGUUCUGGAAGUGCUGCUCAUUUUCGUCUACCUCAGUAUGAUCUUGCUGUACCUGUUGCCUCGGUGUUUUACUCCCGGGGAAGCGCUGCUGGUUCUUGGAGGUGUAAGUUUUGUUCUCAAUCAGCUCAUUAAACGCUCACUGAAUGUAAUCGAGGGCAGAGGGGACCCCAUUGACUUCUUCCUUCUGGUAGCAGUUGUCGGAGUUGUUCUUCUUGGUCUUUUUUUCACUGUGCUCUUCACUUUCAUGGAUUCGAGCACAUGGAUCUCCUCCAUGUUUUUCCACAUGAUGACAGCAGUGUUAGGCUUAGGGGUCAUCAUGCCUUGGCUGUACCGACUGAUCCAGAGGAACCCUUUGUUCUGGCUGCUCCAGUUUCUGUUUCAGACACAGACAAGACUUUACCUCAUUGUGUAUUGGACUUUCUUGGCUGCCUUAGCAUGCGGGGUGGUUUUCUACCAGAAUGCUAAGAGAUCAUCUGAAUCUAAAAAACACCAGGCCUCGACUAUAACCAGGAAAUAUUUCCACUUCAUUGUUGUAGCUACUUAUGUUCCUGGGCUCAUUUAUGACCGGCAGCUCCUCUACGUUGCUGCAGUGCUGUGUCUGGCAGUGUUUAUCUUCUUAGAGUACGUUCGCUACUUCAGGAUCAAACCUUUUGGACAAACCCUGAGGCAUUUGCUCUCUCUCUUCUUGGACGAAAGAGACAGUGGACCUCUAAUCUUGACUCAUAUUUAUCUCCUCCUUGGCAUGUCCCUCCCAGUGUGGUUGUUUCCCAGAUCUUGUGCUCCUAAAGGCACCUUGCCCGGGGCAGGAGCACUGGUCCCCUACUCUGGGGUGCUGGCAGUAGGGGUGGGAGACACCAUUGCCUCUGUUUUUGGCAGUACACUGGGGGAAAUCAAAUGGCCAGGAACAAAGAAGACCUUUGAAGGGACAAUGACAGCUAUUUUUGCCCAGAUCAUUGCUGUGGCUCUCAUUCUGAUCUUUGACAGCAGUGUGAAUCUGAACUCCAGCUAUGCCUGGAUUCUGGCAUCUGUGAGUUUGGUUUCUCUUUUGGAAGCUUACACUACUCAAAUCGAUAAUCUGCUGUUGCCUCUCUACCUCCAGAUCAUGCUCAUGGCAUAGAAGCACUUCCAUGAACAGAGUUUUCUCCCUUCCUAGAGAAAGGUACUAGAAAAUGCACUUUAAUGAAAGCUCAAAGAUGAUGUUUUGGUACAGCAGAGAAAAUUGUUGAGAACAGAAAUGAAAAAGUCUUAUUUAAAACAAAGGUUUUGAUUUGGUCUUGUUUUUACCCAUCGAAAAUAGACAGAUUUAUGUUCUAACAGCAACAAGCAUGACUGAUAAAAACAGCACUUAUGUUUAAUAAUCCAAUUUAAGUUCCUUCUGCGUACCCAAGGGAAGCAGAGGAAGAAGAGGUAAGUCAAUUAGAGAGGACAAAAUGAACAAGCAAGUCUCCAGGAUGUUGCUACCUCUGUACUGUACCUUGUUUUCUGUACCGAGUCCUGCGUCUUGUGUUUGAUGUGUGAACUCUCAUUUCUGUAUAAGCACGAUGUGAAGCAUGUUUGAUAACGAGGGGGGCCACAGGAACCAGGUGCAAGUGUCCAGCUAUGUCCAGUCCUCAUCAGCAAGAGCCAAAACCACACCACAAUGCACAAACACAACUCCAAAACCAGCAGCUGCCACAGCUGAGUUGUCCAGGGUGGGUGGGGAAGGUUUGGGGAUGUCAGACACUGCUCAUUCCAGACCAUACUAAUAACAGUGAAUCUUUAGCCCUGAAGUUUGCUUCAGCAAGAAAAGUGUUUUAUCUUUGUCAAGACUUAAUCUCUAAAUUAAUUUGGAAU